AUGCCACCUCCAGUUGCUGUUGUGCAGUUGCGCCUUGAUGUGAGCGUUGUGGCGACAAUGGCGACAUCGUCGCUACAACGAUGUGCGCUGCCCGAUGUGAGCACCGCACAGCAUUUGACGGAGUUGGAGGUGGAGUCAGGAGCAUACAAACACUUGAUGAACAAGGAGGACAUGGAGAAUUUGGAAUGGCUAAAAAUCUUUAACAAGUAUGAUCUAUACAGCAAGAGUAAGAUCAGAGUCGAUGUUGAGAAAGUCAAGCCGUAUUACCUCUCUCUCAUUGAAAAGUAUUUUCCAGCAAAGCUAAGGUGGUAA